AUGAAACGGCUAGCACGGCGCUAUGUUUACUGGCCAAAUAUUGACAAGGACAUUGAGCAUCUUAUGAAAGGAUGUGAAAAUUGUGCACUAACACGGUCAAAUCCACCCAAAGCUCCCAAUCACCCAUGGGAAAUCCCAAAAGAGAACUGGGAAAGAAUAAACAUUGACUACGCAGGACCGUUUCAAGGCUUCAACUUCCUCGUGUGUAUUGAUGCUAGAUCAAAAUGGGCGGAGAUAAAAGUAAUCAAGGAUGCACCAUCCAGCUCCAAUACCAUACAUCUGCUUGAACAGAUUUUUGCUACACACGGCUACCCGAAUGUUAUGGUAUCUGACAACGCCUCAAUUUUUCAAAGUGAUACAUUCCAAGCUUAUUGCAAAUUGCAUGGCAUUUUCCAGAAAUUCAUAUCUCCAGGACAUCUAGCCACAAACGGCUUAGCAGAACGCUCUGUUCAAACAUUGAAGAAUCGCCUGAAGUCCACAGCUUCGGAAAACAUACCAAUGGCAAUAAAGGUCCAUAAGAUCUUACUGGGGUACCGGGCAACUCCUCUAGCAAGUGGCAAAUCACCGGCUGAACUUUACCUCCACAGGAAGUUAAGAAUACGAAUGGAUGCCAAUUUUCCCAACGUACAAAAAGCUUCAACUAGAAAUGCUCCUUCUGCACGUUCAUUCAACGAGGGGGAGAGAGUUCAGAUUCGUCUCUUCAUGAACAACAAGAACGUUUAG